CAAUUUGUCAUUUGCGUGCUUCGUUUGUUUAGGCGUCUUUAUCUGUAGAGCUCACAAAUGUUGUGUGUAUAAAAAGCCUUUCUGGGUUUGUAUUCGAACAGAAUUGCUUCGACUACCAAAUAAAAUGUUGAAAUUAACAUUAACAAUUUUGGCCGCUAUCCUCUUGGUCACCCCAGCCUUUGGCAAAGUUUAUACACGAUGCUCAUUGGCUAGAGAAAUGCAUAAACUUGGUGUUCCCAAAAAUCAAUUGGCGCGUUGGACGUGUAUUGCUGAGCAUGAAUCUGCUUACAACACCAAAGCUGUAGGUUCAAUGAAUUCAAAUGGUUCACGCGACUAUGGUAUCUUCCAAAUCAACAACUAUUACUGGUGCUCUCCACCCUCUGGUGCCUUUUCUUAUAACGAAUGUAAGAUCAAGUGUGAUGAUUUCUUGGUUGACAGUAUCGAACCAGCUGUUAAGUGCGCUCAAUUGGUUUUGAGACAACAAGGCUGGAGUGCCUGGUCUACUUGGAAAUAUUGUGAUCAUACUUUGCCCAGCAUUGAUGAUUGUUUUUAAAAUUUAAAGUCCAAGAUAAUUAAGUGGAUAAACUUAUUAGAAAACAUACAUAUGUACAUUAACACAUACUUAUAAUUUUUCUAACAAUUAUGUACAUUCCGAAAUAAAUUUAACUUUGCAAACACUUCACAGUGUCCUUAUGAAAUUAUAAUCAAGUUAUAUUUUUAAAUUAAAUUUAUAUUAAAUAAUGAUAAAAUUGUUAAUUUUUGAAUAA